AUGGUUGAGAAAAUAGAUCCCGAAAGACAUGGUUUUUCCUUGGGAACACUGUUUCGAACAAGUCUCCUCUGGCAAACCAAGGAGUUCUUCAACAAUUCCACCCUCCAUGGUGUGAGAUACAUUGCUGAACAGGGAAGACCCUUUGCCGAGAGAUUUAUGUGGUUUUGCUUCACAGCAAUUGGAGCUGUUGCAGCAUUUAUCAUUAUUGUGAGUCUAUGGGAGAAAUUCCAAACCAAUCCCACAAUCACAGGUCUUGAUACGGAUUUUCACAAUCAACAUGUGAUCUUUCCCACAAUCCUCAUUUGUCCCCUUGAGCCCUAUGAUUUGGACAAAGUAAAAGCUUUUGCUGAAGAAAAAAUUUCCCAAUUUGAUUCUGAUUAUGAACUAUACGAAGAAUUCCUGAAGAGUCUCACAAGUCUUUCAUAUGGAACUUUCGAUGAGGCAGUAAAAAAGAGCGAAGAUUUCGUAAACGACCGAAAAACCGACGAAUUGUCUUUGCGAUCUGCCGCUUUUGCCUCAGCCAUCUCAUGCUCUGACCUAUUCUCCUUCUGUGAAUUCCGUGACGAUCUCAUUGAAUGCUGCAACAGUUUCCUGCCCAAAUACACUGAGCAUGGCUUUUGCUAUGCUUUCAAUCCUCGCUUCCAGGAAACCGAAGAUACAAUUGAUCUCUUCAAAUUGCAACAUGAGCUCCUGGAGACAGAUCGGAAAUGGGCUAUUCAACUCAAUCUUCAACGCGACGCCAAUAUUUUCGUUCAUGCCCAAUCCGAAAUUUCUGGAUGGGAUUUCCGCCCACAGCUCGAAUGGCACACAACUUUCUCAUCAGAUAUCCUUAUCACAAUGAAACAAACUUAUACCACGGAAGAAGCUCGACAACUUAGCAUAGGGCAGAGGAAAUGUAUUUUUCCAAAUGAGGUUCGUAUCAAAAGCUUCCCAUUCGACGAAGAUUAUACCUUCACGGGAUGCAUGAUGGACUGUAGAAUUCAAAAGAGUAUCAAACUAUGCCACUGCUUGCCACCCUUCUACCAUUCUCUGCCUGGAUCUUCAACACCAUAUUGCAAAGUUAAAGAUCUACCCUGCCUAUCUCACUACGCCAGCAAUAUCACCCAAGUCAUGGACUGUCGUCAGUGUGAAUUGAGUUGCCUUCACACUGUCUAUGAUGUGGAUAAAUUAACCAAAGUCUCAGAUUCUGAGACCACCCAAGAAGGAAAUAUGUACAUCAAUGUUGAGUACUUGACAUGGCCAAUCAUUCGCUACAAACGAGAAGUCCUUUUCGGCUGGGUUGACCUUUUGGUGUCUUUCGGUGGAAUUGCUGGACUCUUUCUGGGAUUCAGUUUACUCUCAGGCGUAGAGAUCCUGUACUAUUUUUCCCUCAGAGCAUGUUGCAUGAUCUGGAAGGAUCGUCCCGUACUGGAGGAAGUUGAACUCGAGAAAAUAAAUCGACCACCAGAAAGAGUCAACUUGAGUCUCCGAAUUGGCAAGAGCAAUUGUGAACCAGUGAAGCCACGAGAAAUCAAAAGUGCACCAGCAAAUACUCGAAGGCAGAGGAAACAUGAGAUACCACUCAAAACCACCCCCUUUAAGCAAUCUCAUAUCUCAGUCAUACAUUUAAAUGAAACAACAACGAAUGAGAAAUCACUCAAUUUUCGGUAUCUCCCAUAA